CCGAAAUCCCACAUUUGAAGGUUAAAGACAGUCUGUGUCCAUCACACUACUAAACAAGUCGCCGUUACUCGCCAAUCGGUCUACCGUUUUACUUUUCAUUUACACAAAUAUAAACACAGUACCAUGUCGAUAUUUGCUGAAGUCCCGGAGGCUGCCCCUGUCGCAGUAUUUAAGCUGUCAGCAGAUUUCCGUGAAGAUCAAAAUCCAAACAAGGUGAAUCUAGGAGUCGGAGCAUACAGGACAGAUGAAUGUCAGCCCUGGGUUUUACCUGUGGUGAGAAAAGUGGAGAAGAUAAUCGCUGAAGAUCAUAGUUUGAACCACGAGUACCUGCCCAUCCUGGGCCUGCCGGAGUUUCGUUCCAGCGCAUCUAAGAUCGCCCUGGGUGAUGACAGUCCUGCCAUCAAGGAGAACAGGGUAGGAGCUGUACAGUGUUUAGGUGGUACUGGUGCUCUCAAGAUUGGAGCAGAGUUUCUUCGGCGGUGGUACAAUGGAACCGACAACACAAAAACUCCAGUUUAUGUGUCUGCACCCACAUGGGAGAACCAUAAUGCAGUUUUCUCUAACGCUGGAUUUGAGGAUAUCCGACCGUACAAAUAUUGGGCCGCAGAGAAGCGUGGACUUGAUCUGGCAGGUUUUCUGGGUGACCUUGAGAGUGCGCCUGAUCACUCCAUCUUUGUGCUGCAUGCUUGUGCUCACAACCCCACUGGUACUGACCCCACCCAGGAACAAUGGAAGCAGAUCGCUGAAAUAAUGAAGCGGAAGAAUCUAUUUGCCUUCUUUGAUUCAGCCUAUCAGGGUUUUGCCUCAGGAAAUUUAGAGAAGGAUGCUUGGGCUAUUCGCUACUUUGUGUCCCUGGGUUUUGAAUUGUUCUGUGCCCAGUCAUUCUCCAAGAACUUUGGCCUGUACAAUGAGAGAGUGGGGAACCUGACCAUUGUAGGCAAAGACCAAGAGAAUGUAAACCGUGUAUUGUCUCAAAUGGAGAAGAUUGUUCGAAUUACAUGGUCCAACCCUCCAUCCCAGGGUGCACGUCUGGUUGCCAUCACACUCAACAGCCCUGAACUCUUUGCUGAAUGGAAGGACAACGUAAAGACAAUGGCAGAUAGGGUCCUGUUGAUGCGUGCUCAGCUGAAGGAAAAACUGAUAGCCCUUGGAACUCCAGGAAUCUGGGAGCACAUCACUGAACAGAUUGGCAUGUUCAGCUUCACAGGACUGAACCCUAAGCAGGUGGAGUAUAUGGUGAAGGAAAAGCACAUUUAUCUAAUGGCGAGCGGUCGCAUCAACAUGUGCGGCCUCACCUCCAAGAACAUUGACUAUGUUGCUGAGUCCAUUCAUGAGGCUGUCACUAAAGUCCAAUAAGCAUCUCUUUCACACUUCCUGUAUGUGAUUAUGUCCGCAGGAACAUACACACACACACACACACACACACACACACUUCACUCACAAGCUUUUGCUGGUCUAAUUUAAUAAGCAGCAGUUGCACAUCAUGUUUUAUCUCCUUCAGUCAUAAAGAAAUGAAAUGGUCCCAGAAUAUAUAUAUAUAUAUAUAUAUAUAUAUAUAUAUAUUUGUGUAUUAGCCACAACAUUAAAACCACCUGCCUAAUAUUGUGUAGGUCCCCCUCAUGCCACCAAAACAACGCCAACCUGCAUCUAAGAAUAGCAUACUGAAAUGAUGUUCUUCUCACUACAAUUGCACAGAGCGUUAUCUAAUUUACCGUAGACUAUGUCAGUUCGAACGAGUCUGGCAUUCUCUGUUGACCUCUCACAUCCACAAGGUGUUUCUGUCCACAGCACUGCUGCUCACUAUAUAUAUAUAUUUUUUUUUUGGCAUCAUUCAGAGUAAUAUAUAUAUAUAUAUAUAUAUAUACACACAUACAUACACACACACACACCAAACGUUUGGAAUAAUGUACAGAUUUUGCUGUUUUGAAAGGAAAUUGGUACUUUAAUUCACCAAAGUGGCAUUCAACUGAUCACAAAGCAUUGUCUGGACAUUACUGAUGUAAAAAACAGCACCAUCACUAUUUGAAAAAAAGUCAUUUUUGAUCAAAUCUUGACAGGCCCCAUUACCAGCAGCCAUCACUCCAACACCUUAUCCUUGUGUAAUAAUGCUAAAUUGCUAAUUUAGUUCUAGAAAAUCACUUACAUUUACAUUUAUGCAUUUGGCAGACGCUUUUAUCCGAAGUGACUUACAGUGUACUUAUUACAGGGACAAUCCCCCCCGGAGCAACCGUUGAGUGCCUUGCUCAAGGACACAGUGGUGGUGGCUGUGGGGAUUGAACCAGUGACCUUCUGAUUAACAGUUAUGUGCUUUAGUCCACUUUGCCACCACCACUUGCCAUUAUAUCAAAAUGUUUUGAGUUGAGUUGCCACAGUGCAAUAGACUGGCAUGUCUUAAGGUCAAUAUUUGCUCUAAAAUGGCAAAAAAGAAACUCUAGAAUCUCUAGAAACGUGUCAGUCAAUCAUUGUUUAGAGGAAUGAAGGCUAUACAAUGCUUGAAAUUGCCAAAAAACUGAAGACUUCAUACAAAGGUGUACACUACAAGUCUACAAAACUGUCAUUGCUGCACGUGGAGCAAUGACAGUUUUUCACGUUAUUAAUGUCCUGACUAUACAUUUUGACCAGUUGAAUGCCACUUUGGUGAAUAAAAGUACCAAUUCCUUUCCAUAAGAAAAAAAUAAACUCCAAUUCCAAACUUUUGGCCGCCAUGUAAUGUAUAUGUACAUAUAAAGUAUACAAAUUCUUGUCAGUUUCCUUUUGCCUUUUUCCUGUGUUUCAGAGAGAGUACAUUUAAAUAUUCUUGUUAGUGUUCAUUUAAAUCUUGUUUGUAUAAAUAAGCACUUUGUGGUGGGAUUAUGGCAUUUAAGGAAUUGUCAGUAAUAUAUGAGUUGAAUGUCUUUCUCUGGAUUUCUUUAACCUAAGUAUCCAGUGUGAAUGAGUUUUUCCUUAGAUUAAUUUCAUGCAGGUUUGUGUAACUGAAUUAGAGUUAUAUGACCAACCCUGAGCUGGCGGGGUGGAAGGACAACGCAGAAGUAGCCCUGUCUUAUAUUGAUUUUAUUGUCAUGUCUCCGAAGGUUUCAUUGUAUUGAGUGCAUGACUGAAGGAUAAUGUGCGUGUUUCAUGGUGUAUGUGUCUGUAUGCGCUGUUUAAAACGCUGAACAUGCUUACAGAGAUGGCUUGAAUAGAACUUGAAUGACUAGGGGCAUUAUACUGUGUUUCACUGAUAAUUGCACUGAUUUAUUUGUCAUCUGAUGCUCAUACUUCAAAUUAAAUGGUUUGAAGCAAUCAUGAAAUCAAAUUUUGCUUACUAAUUUUCUCAUUAUAUGUCAAGUUACUAAAUUACUUGUGUUCUUUUAUAUUGCUCCAAGACAUCAACUAAAUGUUCAGGGACAGUUGUCUCAUAAAGUUGACUGCAUAUAAAUGAGAGAAUAAAUUGUCAAGCAGUGUUCAAAAAGCCAUCUGGAAGCUGUUUGAGUGAAUUUUAGGUUUAACAUAUUCCUUCAAGCUUUUCCAGCAUGACUUAUGUGCUGGAAACACUGGUUUAUGAAGACCUCAGACAUUGUUUUGCACUUUAUAAGAUGUCUUUUUAAUCUGCUGAUUCUGGUGCAUCACUUCAAAUGUUCAAGCUCAUUUCUCCAUUGCAUUGUUUAAAGAAUGUCCAGCCAUUAGUCAAAGUACAGUUCACUCUCCCACCCAGCUUAGUCUCAUAAGGUCUAACCUAUAAGAUUAUAAAGCUCUGUGUGCACAAAUACUCUAAUAAAAGUGCAUUGAAAUUAAA